AUGGGACUAAAACGACAAGUUGAAAGACCGCAGGAUAUAGGUCUCCUCGUCAAACAGCUGCGAGAGGCUAAGCGACUCAAGAAACUAUCGUUCCCAAAACCAGAGACUUCAGAGGCCACUGCAACUGAACGAAGGCCGGGCUCGUCAGCAUUUAUUUUGCCCAAUACUUCUCUUGCCACGUCAACCCACCUGUCGGAUCCCCUGCGAAGCAAGGUGGACCACCAUUCGUUGGCUGACAAUGGCUUUAAGUACAUCUCUGGAGCAACACCGAUUAAGCCAGCCAUUGAGGUGGCUCAAUCGCAGCCUCUAAGCGCCAUCAGUACGAAUGCAACGGCGAUGGGAGCAACGGCUGCAAGUACUCCUGCUCUGCUGCGAUGUGCCUACUCCGGGAACCAAUUGCAAAUCUCUACAGGUCUUCUCUCCAACCAUCCGGGGCUGCAGAUUGUUGAAAAACCACUGCAUCUUCAAUCCACUGCAUUUCCGCAGGCAACGGCCGGUGUACCUCCUCAUCCUGGCCUGACUGUAAUCUCAGAUGCUAUCCAAACACCAUCACUUCACUGCGACCAGAGUAUAUUAGCACAUCAUUCAAGUGCAGCAGCCACACCCUACCUCCAAUUUGAUCAGACGGCUACUGGGACUCGCACGGCUACUUUUCUUCAAAACCGUCAACUCUGUGCGGUUAUAGGAGUGGCCCAGAAAACAAUGACUCAAUUCGAGUCAGGGACGGCAACACCGACAACUGGAGGUGCGGCAAUCGCAGCCUCAACUACUCCAGCAACCACGUAUUUGGCUCCAAGUGCUCAAGCUGCAACUAUAAUCGUGGGUCAUCCAGAAGGAACUUCCGGAACCGUCCAGUACGCUAAUGAUAAGGUGGAUUCCAUCAAUUUACUUUCGCCAAAUGCUGGUCCUGGAUGUAUCUCUCUUCCACCAAGAUCAGCUAGGGUCUUUCAGCUCAUUCUGCCGCAGUCAGCGACGGCACUAUCGCUGCGCCCACAUCCUGGAUCUAUGGGGUCUGCCUCAGUGAUUCAGCUAACAACCACAGGAUCCGCUAACCUCGGAACCGCCACAAUUCCAUUGAAACAAACUCCAGUGGUCUUGGAAGCGGGUCUAGACCCGCAGACGGCAGCUACAGCUACGGCAGCAACAAUAGAGAAAGCUCAUCUUCAGGAGUCCACUAUGGUAGAGUUGCAGACGCCUGGAGAAUUAAUGGAUCCACACAAAACAACACAGUCGGAUGCCUCACCAUUGCUAACUCUUGCAGAGUGGGAUCAGGUAAUCUCAUAG